UCCCAGUCCACGGUGAUUGGCUGAAUUACACAUUUUUCUGACUAUUGGUUCAUAGGAGUGUAAAAACCUUGUAACCGAGGGGUGGAAUGAGGUUUACAGACAAACUUUCUUUGUCAGGAGACGCAAACUUGGACUUCUGGACAAGUGAACGGGGCUUAGUUACUGUUAUUCUGGAAGUAUGAAAAGUUUAAAGCAGCGACUUAAGAAAAACGAGAGUACAGAAUGGGGAAAGAAUGAUGAGCGUCUGAUGAAAGCAGUGGAAAAUGGAGAUACAGACAAACUUACAGUCAUACUCAAGAAAGGAGCUAACCCUACCAGACUAAACCCAGAGGGCCAUUCUGCGUUUCAUGUUGCUGCUAGUAAAGGCCUCAUAAAUAGUCUAAAUGCUUUCCUGGAUAACAGUGUCAAUGUGAAGGCAGUAGAUGUUGCCGGUAAAACAGCUUUGCAUCUGGCUGCAGGAGGCGGUCAUUCCAUGUGUUUGCAAAAGCUACUGCAGUGUAAAUGUCCUGUGGACAGCACAGACCUGCAGGGACGUACAGCUUUGCAUGAUGCAGCAUAUGUAGGCUGCAAAGCAGUCAUCAAAAUACUCUGUGACAGCGGCGCAUGUAUUGAUGCUCUUGACGAAAAUGGUAGGUCUCCACUAUUGCUAGCUGCUAAGAUGUGCCAACCUGGAGCAUGCCAGCUGCUAGUGCAGUAUGGGGCACACACUAUUCUUCAAGACAAGCAAAACAAAACAGCACUGAUCCUAGCUUGUGAGAACUCCUGUAAAGAAGCUGUGGAGAUUCUCCUGAAGACUAAGGCAGAUAUGUCAGCAGUGGACAUCUUUGGCCAUGAUGCUUACCACUAUGCCAGGCUAAGUCAGAACCAAGACUUGAUUACACUUGUAAAACAUGCUUUGGAAGCAUCCACUAAAGCAAAAGAGACUGCCACAGUUCCACAGAAGAGCAAACAGUCUAAAUCCUCAUCUGGAGGGAUUGGUUGGGCCAAAGCAGGCUCAGUCAAGAUGGAGAAACUUUUGUCAGAACCAAUCACAAGGGAACAUAGCAGUCGCUCCACUGAGGGAAGAGAUGCCAAACAGAGUCAUAAUUUGGAUUCCUCACAGGUCAGGCAUGCACAGUCUGCUUCUGCCCCAGUCAGAUCUGCUUCCACAUUAGUGGACUUAUUGCCUGGUGAGGUGGAGGCCCUUCGGAGAGAACUGAGAGAGUCACGGAGAAGACAUGAAGCAGCAGAGGUGGAGGUGCACAGGCUGGAUACAGCAAUAGCCCUGCGUGGUCAGGAGUAUGAAGAACUGAGGAGGAGCAGUGAGCAAGCUCUGCAUGCGGCCCAUAGCCGGGCAUGGGAGCUGGAGGAGGCCCUGGAUGAGGUGCAGAGAAGAAUGGCAGGCUCUGAGACCCGAGUAAGGCAGAUGCAAGCUCAUUUAGUGGCUGUCCGAGAGCACCUGGUGGAGGAGCUGAGAGUCAAGCUUCAAGAAGCCAAAGGCCAGCGUGAGGCCGCCACAGCUGAACUGGGGAGAAUGCAAAUGGAGCUUAGCCAUAGCAUGAGGGAGGUGGAGCAGCAGAAGGAGAACCAGAGCUCCCUAAUGCAGGAACUUAGCCGGCUUUCCCAGGAGCUGCUCAGCAGAGAACAGCAGAUAAACAAAUUAAGGUCCAGGUUAGCAAUGGUGGAGGCACAACAAGCUCAGAUGUUGUGUAAGGAGGCCCAAACCCCAUCAGAGUGGUGCUCCACCGAUGCGAAGAGUACAAUUACUGAUCUUAUCACAGAGAUAUGUGAACCGACCAUAGAUCUAGAGAGAUACAUCAGCAAGGCUGAGCAUGUGGCUGCAACGAGCUUGCUAAACAAUGCACUGCAGCAGGCUGAAGCCAGAGCUGAGGAGGCUCUGCAGAAGUACCAGUGUGCCCAGGAGGAAAACCAGAGCUUACUGAGAGAGCUCCAAGAACAGAAGACUGAACUGGACACCAUACAAGAGGCCCUGCAUGCCAAGUUUGUCCCUGUGGCCUUAUUGGAGGAAAAGGAGAAAAAGGUGGAGCAACUCCGACUGGCCCUUGAAGACAUGGAGAAGAGACAAAACCAGGGGAGUGUGAACAUCUCAACCAGGGAAGAAGGGGAUGCUCAGUCUCAGAAUUUAGAGGUGUUGAUGGAGCAUGAGGGGGCUCAGGGCAGCUCCUGUGAACACCCACAUUCAGACUGCUCCCUCCAGGCUCAGGUCUACAGCCUACAACAGCAGCUAGAGGACUCUGAAAAACAUUACAGACAUGUACUUUCAAUAUAUCAGAAACGAUUGCUCAGUGCAGCACAGGGUUUCAUGGAUGAAGAGGCCAGAGUGGCUCUGCUUCAGAUUGCCAAGAUGAGAGAGGAGUGUGUUUGUUGAGCACAUAAUUGUGUGUGUGUGUUUGUAUAUACUUCUAUGUUACUUAACAAUGUUUUUCUUUUUCAAAAAACAAAGACUAAUUUCAUAUAAUUUAGAUUUUAUGUAUGUUUAAAAAAAUUUAGCAUUAUAUCAUGGGCAGAUUUAACUGUGGUCCUUUUUUAACUAAAACAAAUGUACUGUCUAUAAAAUGUUCUGAUUUGUGCAACAGUUAGUUCUGGUCCUCUAAUUUGCUUGUCUGUCUUCGGAGCAAUGCAGACAGGCUUUGUUGCUUGAUGACAAACAAACUUGAUACAUUAAUGAUUUUGGUAUUAUUUUAAUUUAAGUAUUAAAGUAUUUUAAGUUACUCGAUACAAACUUCUUCACAGAACUGUAUAAAAGCAACAUCACACUCACAAUCGUGCCAAAAAGACUGAAUCACAGCUUUGCUGAUACUCAGUACUGUACAACAGCACUCUUAUGUGAUAUUGCCUAAAUAUCUAAUCUUGUUUUUGAUGAGGUAAUGACUUUGGAUGAGCCAGUCUUACUAUGUAAGGCUUCUCAAACAACACAUUGCAAUUCCAUUUGGUGCCACUAAUUAUGCAGAAAUUACACACUUUACCUUUAAGAUGUUCACAUUUACACUUCAGUUCUUUCAUAAACCACUCUCAAUUAUUGAACUUCAGUGGACUGCUUUGAUAUAGUUUGUAUGGUCCAUGACAACAGCUCCCUAAUUUCAGUCUGUUUAAGGGACCAGACUGCCCUCUUGUGUUCGGCACACUCUGGCUGCCUUUCCAUGAGAAAUCGUAAAAGGGUUUUUGAGUUCUCCAAGAGUAAAUAUUUUGCCAUGAAGCUCAGUGUCCUGGAGCAGAGUCGAGUGUGGCAGUCAUCUCUGAUGUCCUGAAAAAACUAUGAAGUGUGGUCUAGGGUUACUCAGUGUUUUGUAUUAAUAAGACUUAGAAGAAUGGACAUCUAUAAAUUAGAAGACGCUGUUUGUGUACUCAAUUAAAUCUAUCUGUUGUUCUCUGAAAAAAAGCUUCUUUUAGUUG